UUAUUUUUAUUUUGAAAAGUCGCAAGUGAGAUUUCAGAAAAUAGAAGCUUUGUAGAAAAGAAGCAGAAGAAACUAACGGAAGGAGAGCGAACCAAAGUAAGGAAGAAACAGUGGUUGAUCGCCAGCCCUAGAAGGUUAGGACAAGGGUUUUCCGGUCCUCGCAACGCAAUUUGUAUUUUCCAGAGGAAACUUCUCCCCCUUUGAUUCGAUUGUUCUUCGUUGAGUUGGCUCAUGCGCCGGCUGCUUGUCUAAAAAGCUUGCAUUUUGCGAAAAGAAGGGAUUUCGACGGAAAUUAGUUUUUUUUUAUUAUUUAUAAAACCAUGGUUGCCACUGCUGCUACGUCAGUGUUUAUUCCAGUCACUUCUUCUCCAGACUCCUCUGAAUCGAAAAACAAGAAGCUUGGAGGUGGAUCUACUAGGCUUGAAAGCUUCAAGUCGAAACCAUUGGCUUCUUCUGCAAGUUUGCAAGUUAAGGCAAAUGCUCAAGGCCAUAAAAAUAUAAAUGGUUCCACUGUUGUGACGAGUCCUGUGGAAAGUUUCAAGAACGAUGAUGGUUUGAGUUCUCCUCCUCCCAGAACAUUUAUCAACCAGUUGCCUGAUUGGAGCAUGCUUCUUGCUGCUAUCACAACCAUGUUCUUGGCUGCCGAGAAGCAGUGGAUGAUGCUUGAUUGGAAGCCUAGGCGGCCUGACAUGGUCAUUGAUCCAUUUGGCAUAGGGAAGAUUGUUCAGGAUGGUCUUGUUUACAGCCAGAACUUCUCGAUUAGAUCAUAUGAGAUAGGUGCUGAUCGAACAGCUUCUAUAGAGACGCUGAUGAAUCAUUUACAGGAAACAGCUAUAAAUCAUUGUAGAAGUGCUGGACUGCUUGGAGAAGGUUUUGGUGCAACACCUGAGAUGUGCAAGAAGAACCUCAUAUGGGUUGUCACCCGGAUGCAAGUUGUGAUUGAUUGCUAUCCUACUUGGGGUGAUGUUGUUCAAGUAGACACUUGGGCCAGUGCAUCUGGGAAGAAUGGGAUGCGAAGAGAUUGGCUUGUCAGCAAUAGUGAAACUGGUGAAAUUUUAACAAGAGCCACGAGUGUGUGGGUGAUGAUGAAUAAGCUGACUAGAAGAUUAUCUAAAAUUCCAGAAGAGGUUCGGGGAGAAAUAGAACCUUUCUUUGUGAGUUCUGAUCCUGUUCUGGCUGAGGAUAGCCAGAAACUGGUGAAACUUGAUGACAGCACAGCUGAAUAUGUCUGCAAAGGUCUAACUCCUAAAUGGAGUGACUUGGAUGUCAACCAGCAUGUGAAUAAUGUGAAGUACAUUGGCUGGAUCCUUGAGAGUGCUCCAUUGCCAAUCUUGGAGAGUCACGAGCUUUGUGCCAUGACACUGGAGUAUAGGAGGGAGUGCGGGAGGGACAGUGUGCUGCAGUCACUAACUGCUGUUUCCGACUCCAAUGUGGAGAACACCGGAAAUUCUGGUGAAAUUAAUUGCCAGCACUUGCUACGACUCGAGGAUGGGGCGGAGAUUAUGAGAGGGAGGACCCGUUGGAGACCCAAGGAUGCCAAAAGUCUCGGUAACGUGGAUCAAAUUUCAGCUGUAAGAGCAUAGAAAUCCAGUCUCUGAAUCAUGGCUGGCAGAGUGAAGCAGCACUAGUAGAUAAUCUCAUUGCUGUGUGUAUGUCUAUCGAGUAUUUUGUCGGAUUUAUAUACAUACCUAUAUUCCUUCUGAUUAGUUUCCUUUACAAAAAAGGAGGCUGUAAGUAGACUUGUCUAAGACUUGGGUUUUCGGCUCGGCUUGUCGGUAGGGUUCGAUUGAGCCAGGCCACUGACUAGGAUUUUGUGAAUUAGGGCUCAUGGCCUAACCAGCAAGCGCUUUGCAUGAAAGUGGUUAUGCUUUUGAAAGUUGAUAGCCAUGUCAAAUGGCUCCCUACAUUAAGGGUUUUUUCA